AUGGCGGCAGCCACCAGCCCCACAGCGGUGGCAGCUCCUGUGACUUCGACGGAGGAAUUGGAUCAACAGGAGCGUAGCAAUAAAAAGGUGAAGUGCACAGGUAUGUCUGGUAUCGACUUCUCCAAGCCGAUUCCUCCUGAAGAGAGGUUGUUUCCUGAUGAACCAAGACGUAAGGGGUCCUACAAGUUCAUGCUUACGGGCCAAUCGUCUGAAGCGGAGAUGACAGAACCUGAUAGGGAGGACUGGGACGGUUUUCUUUAUGAGGAUUCAGAUCCAGAAGAAGAGGAUGAAGAAGACCCCUUUUGUCCCACGAUUCGCUUAUCCUCUGCUGAUAAGCGACGUAUCUACCAGCGUUGGAAGCAAACUCUAAUUAUCAAGUUGCUGGGCAAGAAGGUUGGUUACCGUUUUCUACAUCAAACUCUAAUGAACCAAUGGAAACCGAAGGGGGACGAAUUCCAUAAUGAUCAGGAUUAUGACCGAGUGUUAUAUGAUGGUCCAUGGAUUGUCGCUGAUCACCCACGCUUUGAUCCGGACGAAGCAACCAUCGAUAGGGCAAUCUUGUGGGUGCAAAUUCCAAAGCUUUAUCGUGAAUACUAUGAUCAUUCAAUUCUCUUUCGGGUCGCUAAGCGAGUUGGCCGUCCGAUCAAAGUUGACGAGGUCACUCUUCGGGCCACAAGAGUGAAAUAUGCCCGUGUCUGUGUUGAAGUUGAUCUUACAAAACCUCUACUAUCCAAAUUCCAUAUGCAUCGUCGCGUCUGGAAGCUUGUUUAUGAAGGACUGGACUCCAUUUGUUUCAUGUGCGGACAUUAUGGACACACCCUAGAUUCUUGCCCCACCAAUUCAGACACAAAAGAGGCCGCUUCUAAUAUGGAUACUCAUACUGACACACUACCUGUUGUUGCUGAGGAUGUUCCAGUUCCUAUGGAGGAGGAACGACCAGAGCUCUUUGCUAAUCAUGGUCCUUGGAUGCUUGCGGAGAAGAAGAGAAGAGGCCGACCUAAGGGACCCAGGGGUGCCCCGGUGGAGAGGACUUCAGGUUCUGUGGAGAUGGUUUCUGGCUCUCGAUUUGCUUUGUUAAGUGAACACAAUGAUCAUGCAAAUGAUUCUCCAGUAACUCGUACUUUGGUUCAGCCUCAAGAGGUAGUCAACACUCCUGUUAUUUCGUCCCCACCUAUCCGGGUGCAGGUAUCCUCCCCCUCUCCUACCAAUGUUCCUAUUGUUUCAAAACCUAGUACCACUAACGUGCCUGCUAGGGCAGUUCGUAUGGCUUCAGCAGGAUCUGCUACUAUACAGCCAUUUCCUCAGCCACAUGUCCAGUCUAAGAUUCACCAACAUACUACUCCUUCUACUUGUUCUUUGAAAGAUUCCCCUCAUGUCACUGUGUCCCCAUCUGGGACUCUCCCUUGCCCAAUGAUCCUGGAAGUUUCCUCUCCAUCAGUUCCUGUUCCUUCUCCCCCCAAACCCCCGGACGGAUAG